UGCUGGUUGGCUGAUGUUUGAUUGACGCGACGCAUUCAGACAGCACUCAGCACGCUGUCCCUCACAGAAAAACUUCUGAUCCAACUUCACUGUUUUCCCCCGCCUUAAAAAACACGGUUUCAUCACCGCAAUAACGUCGGAGAAUGGCUUCACAUUCAGUGGCGAAGGGCUGCGGUGAUCCUGGAGUGCAGACCAAGCCCGCACAGGUUGGAACUUUUAAAAGCAUGGCUAGUUCCAAUGUCCCGUGCUCCCUGCUGAAGGACGAUAUAAAUGGUAACGUCUUGCCAUAUUCGAUGGGAAAGGAAGGCAAAAAAGAUCGGGUGGAUCCAGCUGAACAGUCACUGUUGAAUAAAUUGAUUCGCCAUAAUCUUGUGAAAAACCGAAAUCAAGUUGAGGUUCUCCAGCGAGACCCAAACUCUCCUCUAUUCUCUGUGAAGACAUUCGAAGAACUGAGACUGAAACCUCAGUUACUUCAGGGAGUCUACACCAUGGGCUUCAAUAGACCAUCGAGGAUCCAAGAAAAUGCUCUGCCCAUGAUGCUGGCCGAGCCACCUCAGAAUCUGAUUGCCCAGUCUCAGUCUGGCACAGGGAAAACGGCUGCAUUUUCUCUUGCGAUGCUCAGCCAUGUAAACCCAGCUAACAAAUGGACCCAGUGCCUCUGCAUCGCACCCACAUACGAGCUUGCUGUGCAGAUCGGCCAUGUCAUUGAGCAGAUGGGGAAGUUUUAUCCCGAAGUCAAACUGGCCUAUGCCGUUCGGGGAAAUAGAUUGUUGCGCGGCACCACCAUCCAGGAGCACAUCGUGAUCGGAACGCCGGGCACCGUCCUUGACUGGGGCCUCAAGCUGAAGUUCUUUGACCCAAAGAAGAUCCGCGUGUUUGUUCUGGACGAGGCGGACGUCAUGAUCGCCACCCAGGGACAUCAGGACCAGAGCAUCCGGAUUCAGAGAUUGUUGCCAAAGGACUGUCAGAUGCUGCUGCUGUCAGCCACCUUCGAGGACUCUGUGUGGAGUUUUGCAGAGAGGAUUAUCCCCGACCCCAACAUCAUUAAGCUGAAGCGCGAGGAGGAGACUCUGGACACCAUCAAGCAAUUCUAUGUGGUCUGCAAGGAGAAGGAGGACAAGUUCUCCGCUCUUUGCAAUAUUUAUGGGAGUCUUACCAUCGCACAGGCCAUGAUCUUCUGCCAAACUCGCAGGAUGGCAUCCUGGCUUAGCGGACAGCUGUCCAGCGAGGGCCACCAGGUGGCCUUGCUUAGUGGCGAGAUGAUGGUGGAGCAGAGGGCCGCCGUCAUCGAGCGCUUCAGGGAGGGAAAGGAAAAGGUGCUCGUGACCACCAAUGUCUGCUCAAGAGGUAUUGAUGUGGAGCAAGUGUCCAUCGUGGUCAACUUCGAUCUGCCUGUUGGCAGAGAUGGAAACUCGGACAAUGAGACGUACCUCCACCGGAUUGGCCGCACCGGGCGCUUUGGCAAAAAAGGUUUUGCCUUCAAUAUGGUUGACAGCCAAGAAACCAUGGAUCUCAUCCACCAGAUUGAACUCCACUUUGACCGCAAAAUAGUGAAAUUGGACACUGAUGACCUGGAUGAGCUUGAAAAGAUGAUGAACUGAAGUUCAGCGCUACAAGUACCGGUCUUGAAGGGAUGGGAGUUGGAAAUCCCAUUUCUGCACAAUUCCUUUUCAUCAGUUAGUUAUUGAGAAGGGGGCAUUUGUUGAUCCAGAAUAUUUACUAAUGGUAUUAUUCUGAUGCCAAUGGUUUGCACUUUAGAUUUCAUUCAGGGUGUUUUAUUUUAAUUUUAUUUGACCCACUAAAGUGGGGGUUGCUGUGAUUCAAUGAUGCUUGGAUUUAAAAUGAUUUGAAUUAAUAAGUGUUACUGUUUUAUAUUGUAAAUGCAUGUCUGAGAUUUGAAGUGUUAACUUGCCGAGAUUAUAUCCGCUUGUUUUUGGUUUGAUAAUAUAAUAUCUUCUUUGCUAAAAAAACUUGGAAUGUGCUAACCCACAAAGUAAAUUUAUUGUUAAAAAUG